AUGAACUAUGCAGCUCCAAAUUAUGGUGUAGCUCCUGUGGUAGCCAAUCCCGGCACUUCGAAGCUAACUAUUGGAAUAAUUACCGGUGUAGCUGUUUGCUUAUGUGGUAUACUAAUACUGGGGGCAAUUGCUAUUGCUCUUGGCGUUGGACUGGGUGUUGGAUUACACAAAAGUAGCAAAAUCACUGCACUUAGCGCACCGACCGUCAGCUGUUCAAGUAGUUCCGCGACAUGUGGUUGCCCUCAAAUUCAACCCACGUUCGAGACACGAAUAACUAGCGGUUCCACGGCAACUGCUAAUUCAUGGCCAUGGAUGGUAGCUCUAUAUAUUAAUGGGAGUUUUAGAUGUGGUGGUAGUCUCAUUAAUCUUCAAUAUGUAUUAACGGCUGCCCAUUGCGUUGUGAGCAGCACUACAUUGCUUAGCACAAAUACGAUGCAGGUGUAUGCAGGGAUUCAAAGUUUAAGUCAGAUAGCUUCAGCAGUAAGUGAAAGUGUAAUGAAUGUUACGCUAUAUGCAACAACAAGUGCGUCUGAUGUGGAAUUAUAUGAUAUUGCCGUUCUGAAAUUAUCACAGCCCUUCACCGGAGGUAGCACUGUAGCAACUUGUUGUUUGCCACCGUCAGGUAGUGUAUUACCAACAAUCGGUCAAACUGCCGUUAUUAUAGGGUGGGGAAAGACUUCUUUUUUGGCUACUGGCAUAUCCGAUACUUUGCAAGAAGGUCUGAUUCGAAUUACUGCAGGUUGUAGUUUAUCAGAUACAACGACACGUUUUUGUGCUGGUUAUUUAACAACUGAUGCAUGCCAGGGUGAUAGUGGAUCUCCUCUCAUGACUAGUUAUAAUAAUAGUUGGACCUGCACCGGGAUAGUGAGUGAAGGUACGGGUUGUGGUUCAUCAGGAAUAUACACACGAGUCAGUUAUUUUAGAAGUUGGAUUGAUGCACGGAUGACAUAG